AUGAGGAAGAGUAACCAAGUUGAUGAGGAAGAAAGUGCUGAAGGUGAUAGUGAGGACGGCAGUGAUAGUGAAGACGGCGAUGAUAGUGAGGACGGCAGUGAUAGUGAAGACGGCGAUGAUAGUGAGGACGGCAGUGAUAGUGAGGACGGCAGUGAUAGUGAAGACGGCGAUGAUAGUGAGGACGGUAGUGAUAGUGAGGACGGCAGUGAUAGUGAAGACGGCGAUGAUAGUGAGGACGGCAGUGAUAGUGAAGACGGCGAUGAUAGUGAGGACGGCAGUGAUAGUGAGGACUGCGAUGAUAGUGAGGACGGCAGUGAUAGUGAGGACGGCAGUGAUAGUGAGGACUGCGAUGAUAUUGAGGACGGCAGUGAUACUGCUGAGACCUACGGUGGCUUGGUUCAGCCCAACAACCACGAAGGAGUUAUUAAGGCAACUAUGGUAGCUUAUUGA